UUUUCAGGGAAGGUGAGACCUCGUCUCGACGACGCUUCAAUCACAGCUACAAUCUAUUUGCUUUGACUGUAUGCCUGUUGCCAAAAUCUCAAGUUGGCGGUCAAAUUUUUGUGGCGCGAAAUGUUUCUGGCCCCUCGUCUGCCGAAACAGUGAAUUAAGAGUGACAAGAAAGAAAUUGACGGAAUGAAACGAGUUUCAUUUUUAAUUGGUGGCAGAAAACAGUCUCCAUGGUCAUGACAAGUCGACGCAGUUUGGAUUCAUCGAAGUUUGAAAACCACCUUGAAGUUUUUUUUGUCAUCAUGAAUUACUCCAAUCAAUAAUAUGGCUAAUUUUCCACAUUCUGAAGUUGUGAGACGUGGAAAUAGAUCUGGUAGGUUCUCUCCCUUGACAGUUAACAAUGAUAACGGCAGCUUAUCUGAAUCAAGCAACUUCAAUAGCCAUGUAGCCAGAGGUAGGGUAACGAGGAGAAAUCCACAUGGAGAUCUUGAAAAAUAUAAUGUGAAUGCUUCCCAUUCUGGUCAUCAAGUACCAAGAAAUUUUGCAUACGACCGACAUGCAGGGGAAGAAACCCCUGGGCAACAUCUUGGAUAUCCUGCUGAGUAUGAACGGGAUAAAAUACAUAGUUCAUUUUCCAGGACCAGAACUGGAAGAGAAGGAACCCAUCAGCAUUAUAUGCGAUGGGAAAAUGGUGAAGCAUCCGGUAAAAGAUCACAAGAGGUUCUUGAUUUGCCAUUAGUGUGUAGAAAGCCAGAUUUUCUUUUUAACUGUGGCAUUUCAUGGUUGGAGAUGAUAUCAAAUGAUUAUAUUUGUAGAGCUUUUGGCAUUAAACAAAGAAAAAGUUCUUUUUUAGUCUCCAAGAAUGAGCCAAUACUAACUUUUAACACAGAGCUAGAAUCACAUUCCAUACCUCACUACCAUAUAUCAUAUCCACUUUACCAAAGCCCACACCAAAUAGGACGGCAAAUGUUACCAGUUAAUGUUUCAGAUGAAAUAUCAAGUCUGAGAAAUGCUUUCAAUUUUACAGUAAUGACAUAUAAUGUACUAUCAGAUAUCUUGUUGUGGCAGCACAAACAGCUAUACAAUAACUGCCCUGAAUGGACUUUGAAAUGGGAGUACAGAAAAAGCAAUUUACUGAAAGAAAUCAUAAUUUAUAAUGCUGAUAUUAUUUGUCUCCAAGAAGUUGAAGCAGAUCAUUUUAUUGACUGGUUCCAACCAAAGCUGCUCAAUAAUGGAUACCUUGGAAUUUACAAGCAGAAAACUGGCCGAAAGACUGAUGGUUGUGCUAUCUUCUAUCGUGAAAGCAGAUUUAUUUUGAAAUGCUGUCGCAGCAUCGAGUACCACGUACCCCAUCACUCUCUAAUGAACAGGGACAACAUUGGCAUGAUUAUAGGUCUUCAGCCUAAGGAAGAAGGUGUUCUAUUAAGGAAACCACCGAUAUUUGUCGCCAACACACAUAUACUGUUCAACAAGAAAAGAGGUGACAUUAAAUUGCUACAGCUUGCCAUGCUUUUCGCAGAAAUUGGUGAAAUUGCUAGAACCCCAGCAUAUCAACCCAAUGAAAGACCUACAACAAAUCAAUAUAAUCCGGUAAUAAUUUGUGGUGAUUUUAACAGUACUCCGUUAAGCUCUGUGUAUGACUUUGUAACUAAAGGCCGGCUACGAUAUGAAGGAACAUGCAGAGAGACUGCUUCUGGGCAGGUGCCUCAAUACCGUGGAAGUCAGAGUGGGAACAGCAAUAUCUUUGAAAGCAACAACGUUUUGACAGAGUUGGGUCUCACAGGCUUGUGCCAAAAGCAGUUGGACAGGAAGGAGAGCGACCAAUCUAAAGGCGAUACGAAUGCAAAGGACCUAUCCGAAGAUUGCGUCAUAAUGGGUACAAGAAGCAGUGGAAGAACUGGCACAGUUGAAGAGACUGGUGUUCUGAAGCACACGCUUGAACUACGUAGUGCUUAUAGGCACCAUCCAGGACAAAGGACAGUGACGUCAUGUCAAGGUACUGUUGAUUACAUUUUGUUUUCUCAAGGAACUACACAACAAAACCCACAAAGACGUUAUGGAGCUAGGAAUGUGCGCCACAGUUCAUCGAAAAAGCAGCUUUAUUUAACAGGGGUUUUGUCUUUACUCACGGAGAAGGAUUUGUCUGCAAUGCAAACUCUUCCCAACCCAUUCAUAUCUUCAGAUCAUCUGGCAUUACUUGCCACGUUUCGGCUUUUGUAACCAAUAGAUAGCUUUUAGAUGCCUCUCCAAGAUUCAAAUGUUUCGUUCUAAUUCUGUAAUUUGAAUGCAAUGCAAGAAGCAGUCAUCCAUUCAUGUUUUACCUAGAAAUUUCCAUAUUCCUUUCGUUGAUUCGACUCGAAGCCUCGACUUCAAUGAGAAUAUUCUGUUGGGUAUCCUUGCAAUUGAAGUGUUUUUACGAAAGAUUUUAGUCUUUCUGUGCUAUGAAGUCGUAGUUAACUACGCUCUUACUGUUAUUUGUAUUAAAAGGCGACGAAAAAACAACAUGGAGUACUCCCAUUUCUAGUCAGAAUAAAAACCUGAACUCUAUCUUGGGCUUUUGCAAACAUGUUCAGAGGGACUCCAAAGUUUUUAAUUUCAUUUAUGAGUUUUCCUUUUGCGGGAUUGAUGGUGUUUCUCUACUCGCUGGAUGAAAUUCAGAAUCACGGGGCCCUAGGAGAAAGCCAAACUUUACAAAAUUUCUAUUGAACGCAACCCCCCCCCCCCUAAUAACUCCCGACCUCACUGCACUUGACAUGGCCCUGUACCUGCUUUUAUACACUUUUAUUAGAUUUCGCAUAUUUAUCUCUAACAUAUUUGUUUGCAAAAGCCACUUAAAUAAAAUCCUCAUCAUAUUGCAUUGUCAUGCUAUAUUUAUUCAUCGAAAUUAAUCUGAUAUCCGCUCCCUAUUCUUCUUAACUGUUUUAUUUAAACGAAAAUCGAAUAAUUAUGGAAUUAAUGAUAGCUUAAAAUGUUUGGUUAAAACUAAUAUGUAACUGAUUAUCUCUUUUGGAUAACGACGUAUUAAUAAUUUAUGAGAUAUCAGGGCGGCUUCCUGGUUUCUGCAAUAGUUGGAAAAUAAGUUUAGUCCUAUUCCUGCCAUACACCGCCUUGUCGAAGUCGAAGGAACGUUGUAAAACUAAAAACAUGAGUUUUUGAGGGGUUGAUCGAAAAGAUGUAAAAGUUGAUACGUUGUCAAAAAAAGUAAUAAAAGAAGAUGAAUAUCAUGUGUAACAGAGGGAGGGCGUCCAUAAAGGGUAGGUUCGACGUAGAAUCAUGUACAUAGUGGAAAUUGUUUCAAAGAUUUAAUCAUAGUGGAAAUCAUAAAUCAUAAAUCAUAAAUCAUUAAUCAUAAAUCAUAGUGGAAAUUGUACAUAGUAGAAUCAUGUACAUAGUGGACAUUGUUUCAAAGGAGAAUACAUAUGCUCAAAAUAUUUUUUCAUUAGAUUAACAAAAAAUAGCUGAAGUUCAUU